UGUGACGCGCCCGUGCUUGGGAGCUGUCCCAGGAAUAAUGGUGCUGGAACUGAACUGCUGCACCAGCCAGCAACCGCUAACCACACAAAACAGAGCCACAAUCAACACGAGCUCUUUAGGGCAGUCACAAAUACCGACUGGACCACUACAGGAUCGGAAUUAUGGAUACACCAGUAGUAUCUUGUCCUUUAAAAAUCUGAAUUUUAUUAUCAGACAGAGAAUGUUAUGUUUAAAAAUUUCGUACGCCCAGGAAACCCACAGUAGCACGACGUUAACUGCAGCGGAACUGGUUUUGAUACAAUAGUUCAUUACGGACCCUCAAAACAUAUUAAAUUGUUUUAAAUAUAAAUACAAACUGCGAUGUAAAAAUGAAGAAAAUAACGACGACUUGGAUCGCCGAGUUCAAAGGAGGCAGUAACGGAGCCGAAACCAAUUGGACAUCUCACCACAGAGAACUGGACUUAGGGGCUGGAUUGGUCAGCCGGUGAGCGAUCGUAUCGUCGACAGGUUUAAUUGAAAAUCAUACUUGGAUCGUUUGAAAAAAAUGACACCUUUGUACAAUGUUUUACGCCUUCUUGUGUGCAACUGUUCUAAUUACCUGGACUGUGCUACGUCCUGAAAAGAGCCACUAGAAAACGACCGUUACAAAAUCACCGAAGCUUGUUCCACCCGUGUUCGUGGGAAGACAAGAUGCAAAAAUAGGAAAUAAUUAAACAAAAUCUGGAAAACAGAAGGCUGCAUUCGGAUUCCCGGAUUAAUACACUUUUGAAAUCAAGGAUUAAUAUGCAUGACUCCAGGAAGACACGACAUGCCUAUGGGGACAGAGAUUUUCAGAGUUGUGCUUUCCUAAACCUCAGUUUUUUGUUUUUGUUUUCUAUGAUUUAAAUCGUAUCCGUUUCAAAAACAUUUAAAUAAUGCAUUGUUGGUCAACACUGAAACAUUUGCCUGGCACUUUUUUGCAUUCAGCUAUUUCUUUUACGGUAGUACAGUCCUAAAAUAUAAGUAGCUAGUCAGUUAAGCAAACCAAGUGGUUUAUAUAUUGUUGAAAUAACUGUAUAUAAACAUAUAUGUGCUGUUAAAAAGCAUCUUUCACAAAGUACCGUAUAUGACAGGAAUGCUCAGAUCUAUGAGAUUUAUCUGUAAUGAGACACAGAAAUGUGACACUGGUGUGUGUUUUGUUCGGGCAACCAACAUUUUAUCGAAACGGUUUCCCCAAUCAAAUUCAGAGCUUGUAUUAACAGAAAACAAACUGUAGUUAUGGAAGCACACAAUCCAGUUGAAAAAAAACUGGAUAAAAUAAAACAAAAUAACAAGCUGUCUGUAAUUCUGUAGUUCACGUCUCACACGAUUUUCAUUAAAAUAGCAAGUUGUUGGGUUCUAAACACAUGCUGAACAAAUCUAGAUGACUUAUAUCUGUGUAAGUACAUUGUAAACCAAAAGGUCACAUGUUGUUGGCAGUUGGUGUCAUUGUAUGGUGCUGGGGAUCGCUGACCAACAGACCGAUGCUGCGCGGCCAGGGCAUGCUGAAAGGCCGCUGUCGCGUCUUGUUCAGUGACCUGAAGGUUUUCCUGCUCAGGCCACCAGCACCGUCAGCACCACCACCUACAUUAAUCCCCAUGAACGGACAAAACACGGACGGCCAUGCCAACGGAGUCGCGGGAACCGGCAGCUUUGCCGACAAUAACAAUACACUUAUAAGCGCCCCUCAACUGGAGGGUUCGACUGUGCCGCCAGCAAGGGGCGCUGUGGGGCCGGAUGAGGUCAGGGCUGCGGAGGGGUGGCCUGUCACAGCGGCUGGGCAGCCUGGGACCCUAGAUUGCAGCAGCUCUUCAGAUGACUGUUCUAAAGAGAAGUCUGAGGAGCGCUUCUCCCUCACCAGUUGCACAGACAGCGGGUUUCGAACCCCGCUGUGUAGAAUCUGCUUCCAGGGACCAGAGCAGGGGGAGCUGCUGAGCCCGUGCCGCUGCAGCGGGUCGGUGCGCUGCACUCACCAGCCCUGCCUCAUCAAGUGGAUCAGCGAGAGGGGCUCCUGGACCUGCGAGCUCUGCAGCUACAAGUACCAGGUCAUCGCCAUCAGCACCAAGAACCCGCUGCAGUGGCAGGCCAUCUCUCUGACGGUUAUCGAGAAGGUCCAGAUCACGGCGGCCAUCUUGGGCUCUCUCUUCCUCAUCGCCAGCAUCUCCUGGCUGAUCUGGUCGUCCCUCAGCCCCUCGGCCAAGUGGCAGCGGCAGGACCUGCUCUUCCAGAUCUGCUACGGCAUGUACGGCUUCAUGGACGUGGUCUGCAUCGCCCUCAUCUUCCAUGAAGGCCCCUCUGUGUUCCGAAUUUUUAACCGCUGGCAGGCCGUCAACCAGCAGUGGAAGGUGCUCAACUACGACAAGAUUAUGGACAACGAGGACCAGAAGCCUGGUGCCUGCCCCAGGACCCUCUCUAUACCUGCCCAGGGGGACAGUGGUCAGGCAGGAGCGGCGGUCUCCCCUUCCUCCUCGUCUCUCAUGGCUGCGGUGGCCGCCACCGCGCCCGUUAGCACAGCAACCCCCGCGGCGGCGGCUACCACAACACCGGGCCUCACGACCCAGGACUCCUCGGACCAGAGCAACGGGCCCUCCCUGCCCGAUCACCACUGUGCGUACAACAUCCUCCACCUGCUCAGCAACCUGAGGCAGCAGGAGCCGCGCGGCCAGCCCAGCAACAGCAACCGAGAGCUGGUGAUGAGGGUGACUACAGUCUGAGGAUUGAUUUUGAGGCCUUAUUAUCUCAGCGGUGUGGGAGACACUAAAUCAGAGCCGAAAUGAUGCACAACAACAAUCCUUCCAUAUCCGAAUGGGAUGCCCUUGAGGCCAGGCCACACAUCAAUUCUGUGGCAGAGUCUUGAGACGAAACAGGGGUGUGGGUGAUGUAUGGAUGUUUUAUGGCUUUAACAUUUUGACAGUGACAAAAUAAAAAUGAAGGUUCAGAACA